UGAGCAGCGGAGCGCUGGGAAGGGGUUCUCACUAUGGCCAAUGAAUUGGAUUGUGUUGUUGGAAAUACCACUCUGAUUGAUGAAGAGGUUUAUCAGCUCUGGCUGGAUGGAUAUACAGUGAGUGAUGCUGUCAGUAUUCGUUUGAAGAGUGGCAUUUUAGAUCAGACUGGAGCUGGUCCCGAUGUCCUGGAGAGUGACACUAUGGACCAUUACAGAACAUUUCAGAUGCUUGAAAGACUUCUUCAUUACCCACCAAAACUCGUGCAGCAGUUGCUUUUUCAGAUCCCACCUUACAAGCAGAGCAUGCUGAUUGAGAGGUACUAUGCUUUUGAUGAGGCAUUUGUUCGGGAGGUUCUUGGAAAGAAACUAUCUAAAGGAACUAAGAAAGAUCUAGAUGACAUAAGUGCAAAGACUGGUGUGACCCUGAAGAGCUGCAGGAGACAGUUUGAUAAUUUUAAGCGAGUCUUUAAGGUGGUAGAAGAAAUGCGAGGUGCUCUAGUUGAAAAUAUUCAGCAGAAUUUCCUUUUGUCAGACAGGCUUGCCAGAGAUUAUGCCGCAAUAGUUUUCUUUGCAAACAGUCGUUUUGAAACAGGCAAGAGAAAGCUCCAGUACUUGACAUUUGAGGAUUUUGCAACUUGUGCCGAGCAUCUAAUCCAAAACUGGACAUUAGGAGCCGUGGAUGUAGCCGAGGACAUGGACAUGGAUUUGGAUAAAGAAUUUUUACAGGAUCUGAAGGAACUGAAAAUACUAAUAACAGAUAAAGACCUUCUGGAUCAACAUAAGAGUUUAGUAUGUACAUCACUUAGAGGAAAAAUCGCAGUAUUUCAUGAAAUGGAAGCAAAUUUUAAGACACUCUCUAGGGCCUUGGUGAAUAUUGGAACAAGUCUUACCCAUAACAAAGAUGUGAGAGAUUUCUUUAUUGAUCUUGUGGAAAAGUUUAUAGAACCUUGUAAAGCUUCUAAUUGGUCUUCUUCAGAUGUUCAACUGUUUCUCACUCAGUACACAGCAUCUGCUCGUGUUCUUGAUGCCUUCAAGCAGCAGGCUCUUUGGGAGAGAUACAUGGGCACCUUACGAAGCUGUCUACUGAAAAUGUAUCACAGCUGAUUGUUUUCCUGAAUAAAUUCAUGGCUAACCCUGAAGAAAUUCAUAGUCAUCUAAUACCAUCACGUCUCACAAAUAUCACAGCAAUAGAUAGGAUAGGCCAAUCUUCACAGUCCCCCGCUAAUGUCUUUAAUGUUUUAUGUAUAUACUGUAUGUACAUAUGGAAUGUAUAGAGAUGUUUUUUAAUAAAUUUCCUUACAUCUGUU